GUUAUCGGCAGAGUAACAUCAAUUAUUUCAUAAGCGUUUUGCAUUUAAUUUUAUUAAAAAGGGGAAACAUUAAAUUAAGAUGAACCUAGGAAAGCUGCUGAAUCCACUAAAGAGCAGCGCAUGUUCAGUGCGCAGCUACGGAAAGCACAACAAGAAGUUCCUCUACAAAAAUGGCCAGAAAUUCGAGGGAAUCACCUACUAUCCCAGGACUCCGGAUCACCAGGAUCCGCCCGUAGAGCCGGCGAAACUUUUCCGGGUGCAGCGCAUUAAGCCGUUGAAGGGCAAUCCCUACUGGGAGAAUCGAAUCCUCAAGGAUCUGGGACUCGACGGAAAGCAGAGCGACUUUACUGUCGUCAAGAACAUACCGGAGAACAAUGCCCGCCUGUGGAAGAUCAAGCAUCUGGUUAAGGUUACGCCGGUCACGUUCCCCUACGGAGAGCCCACUGCCCAGGAUGUCCGGCAUACGAUACUCAAGGAGAACGGCGAGUGUCUGGUAACCAAGGACCUGGGACCCAUCGAUAGCCGACUGGCGGCUCGCCAGGAUUACGACGAGCAGCCUAAGCGACUGGAUACCGAUCUGCUGCGCAAAGAUGCCCGCCUCAAGUGGCUAAAUCCUUGGUAGUUAAAAUUUGUUUUCCUUGAUCCGUAAAAAUAGUUUAUUGAAUACAAACCGCAACCUAAACAAAGCAUUAAAA